AUGUUAAGAAGAAAAUUAGAAACUGUUGGAGAUACAGUAGAACCAUUUUAUUUUAUUUUACGUCCAAAAGAUGAACAAAAUUUAACUCGUGAAGAUCAAGAUAAAGGAAAAGAAUUAUAUUCACUUUUAGUUCAAUUUGAAAUUCUUCAAGGAGAUACAAUAAGAAAAAUAUUUCGAAAUAAUUCACAAGAACGAGAUAAAAUAGAAAAGAUAAUUCGAAAUGAUCUUGAUCCUUCGAUUGCCGAUCCAUUAAUUAUUUUAUUAAAUAGAGAUAUUCGUUCAUUUAAAACAGGUUUAAAAGCUAAUUUAAAAGAUUUUAUAGAUCUUCAAGAUCAAGAAAAUGUUCCAAGUGAAUUAAGAUUUUUUGAAGGUUUUAAUCUUAAUAAAUUUUUGAUUAUUGAAGAAGAUAAAUCUUGGUGGGAUUGGAAUGCUUUUGCCGUUGCAAUGAUAGGACUUGUUCAAGUCAUUGCCGAAGCUGUUUUAGUAGCCUUUGGUUUGACUCAGAUAGGCAAUGCUUUAAUAUCAGGUAUUUUUAGUUGGAAAGAAUGGGCAAUACAAAAAGCAAUUAGCUUCGGUCUCUCUAUGUUGACUGUUGGAAUUGGAAAGUUUUUGACGGAUAAAAUUAUGGAACAGAUUCAAGAAAAUGUUUAUACAAAAGACUUAGAAACUCUUUAUCUUCAAAAAAAAACAUUAGGAAAAGAUAUUUUAUUACCUCAACAAUUUGAUAAUAUUUGA